AUGCCGGAAAUCGACAACAAGUCUCCAUACGAUACGUCGCCGGUGGCAAGUUCUAAAUGGUCUUAUCGUGAACAACCGGCUCCCGAUUGCAUGGAUUUCUCCGAUUACACCGGAUUGCUAGCUUCUCUUGUUCGUCAAGAAGGAAAUAUAUAUUCGUUAGCGGCAAUUGGAGAUAUGUUGUACACCGGAUCCGAUAGCAAGAACAUUCGCGUUUGGAAGAAUCGAAAGGAAUUUUCUGCAUUCAAAUCUAACAGCGGAUUAGUUAAAGCGAUUGUGAUUGCUGACGAUAAGAUAUUUACAGGUCACAGCGAUGGGAAAAUUAGGGCUUGGAAGAUAUCAGCGAAGAACCCUAGAGUUCAUAAAAAGAUCGGGACUCUACCGAAUCUGACUUCGAUCGUGGAAAAAUCGAUAAAACCUAAGAAUUAUACGGAGGUGAGGAACAAUCACAGUGCAAUUUGGAUCAAACAUUACGAUGCGAUUUCUAGUCUUAGCUUGACCGAAGAUCGUUCGUUAUUAUAUUCAGGUUCGUGGGAUAAAACGAUUAAAGUAUGGAAAGUAUCAGAUUUCAAAUGUUUGGAAUCUAUUCCCGCUCACGACGAUGCGGUUAACACGGUGGUCGCCGGAUUCGACGAUUUAAUCUUUUCCGGCUCGGCGGAUGGGACGAUGAAAGUAUGGCGGAGGGAGAAACCAGGAAAAAGAACGAAACAUUUCCUUCUGAACACUUUACUGAAACAGGAAUCUGCGGUGACGUCAUUGGUGGUUAAUCCAUCGGAGACGGUGGUUUACGCUGGUUUAUCCGACGGACUUUUACAUUAUUGGGAACGGGAGAAGCUAUUGUCCGGUGGUCGGGUUUUGAGAGGUCAUACAGUGGCGGUUCUGUGUUUGGCGGCCGCCGGUCGUAUGGUUUUCAGCGGUUCGGUGGAUACGAAUAUAUGUGUAUGGCGGAGAGAAGACGGAGGAGAUCAUAAAUGUUUGUAUGUUUUGAAUGGACACAGUGGGCCGGUGAAGUGUUUGGCGGUGGAUAUGAGCCGCCGUGACGGAGGUGGUGAAAGGCCAUGUACGUUGUAUAGUGGGAGUUUAGAUAGGUCGGUGAAGAUAUGGCGGGUGUCUACACAAACACCGCAGAUGGAAGAGCAACCACCACGGGGGCCGUCGCGUCAGAAAGAUAGGUUGAGGCGGAACUAUGAUGGUGGGUUUCAGACGUUCUCGGCUCAAGGGCGGUUGAAUCACCGGAGAAAGUAG